AUGGCAACCUCUGAGAUCCAAAUCAUUGACCAGCCACUUUUUACACGUCGAAAGAUUCGCAUGAUCGGCAUUGGUGCCGGAUUCUCGAAUUUGACUCUUGCGUACAAGCACAAGUACGGCGCCGGCUACGGAUUCUUGGAUUUCGCCAUUUACGAGAAGAAUCCAGAAAUAGGUGGAACUUGGUAUGAGAACGUCUACCCAGGCGUCGCCUGUGAUAUACCGGCGCAUAUAUAUUGCUUCCCUUUUGCUCCAAAUCCAGAUUGGUCGUCAUUUUACGUCUCAGGUGCAGAGAUCCAAUCGUACAUUGAGAAAACGGCGAGCGAUUUCGGGCUGCGAAAUUAUGUGCAGCUGAACUCCAGGGUUGUAUCAGCGCGGUGGUCGGAUGAAAAGGGCAAGUGGGAAGUCGACAUCGAGCAGAACGGUGAGGUGAUCCACGACGAAGCGGACGUGCUUGUAAAUGGGACUGGGUUCUUGAAUCGCUGGAAAUGGCCAGAUAUCCCCGGUUUGGAGAAAUUCGAAGGCGAAAUCGUCCACACCGCACACUGGCAGGAAACAGAUUGGGCAGGGAAAACAGUCGGGCUGAUCGGAAAUGGUUCCUCAGCAGUCCAGGUCCUACCGCAGAUGCAGCCGACUGCGAAACGCAUUGACACAUAUAUUCGUACGCCCACGUGGAUAAUACCCAACAUCCUCGCCGAGUUCACACCGGAAGGCAAGAACUUCACAUACUCAGAAGAGCAGAAGCAGCGAUGGCGUGCAAAGCCCGAGGAGCUGAAAGAGAUGAGACAGAGUCUGGAGCACGCGCUAAAUGCGGCAUUCAUGAUGUUCUACAAAGACUCCGAUCAGGCAAAAUGGGUGAAGGAGACCUUUGGUAAUAUCAUGAGGGAAAAGCUUGGAGGCGAUACGGAGCUGGCCAGGAGAUUGGUUCCAGAGUGGCCUGUCGGGUGCAGGAGAAUUACUCCCGGUGAGAAUUAUCUCGAUGCACUGCAGGCUGAGAAUGUCAAGGUCCGCUUCGAGCCCGUCGUGGGCAUCAACGAGAAGGGUAUUGUUUCGCAGCCUCCGGCAGACGUUGCACCUGAGACCACACCAUUCGAUGUGAUUGUCUGCGCGACUGGGUUCGACGUUAGUUACAAGCCUCCAUUUACGCUUACAGGGCGAAACGAUGUGACUCUGCAAGAGCUCUGGAAGGACGACUCAGAAGCAUAUCUGGGCAUACAUGCUCCCGACAUGCCUAAUUACUUCUCGUUCACGGGCCCAAAUGCUCCAGUUGGACACGGCAGUAUCUUUGCGAUGCUCGAUGCCGUGGCUGAAUACAUCUUGAAAUGGUGCUCCAAGAUGGCAGGGCAGGGAAUCAAGUCCAUACUCGUCAAGCCCGACGUGCUUCGAGAGUACAAUGACUACACCCAGACAUUCAUGGAAAGGAUGGUGUGGUCGGCUGGAUGCAGAUCAUGGUACAAGCAAGGCACGGCAGAUGGAAAGAUCUCGGCCAUGUACGGCGGAAGUAUUCUGCAUUAUCGUGAGAUGCUGGACGCGUUUCGAAGCGAGGACUUUGAUAUUGCUUACCUGGACAAGCACAAUCGCUUUGGCUUCAUGGGAAAUGGCCUGACAGAGCUUGAAGUGAAUAAAGGCAAGUUAGGAUAUUACCUCGAGAGAUAG